CCCUCCCCAGUGGGGUGUAUUUUUGUCUAGCGUACAAUAACAAGACGUAAAGAUGUUUGGGUUGUUGUUUCGAAGUGUUCGUCGUCCAUUUUGUUUUGAAUUGUCCAAGACAAUGAGUUCUCAAGCCUCCUCCAAGCCUCCCAUUGAUCAAGCACUUACUCCCAUUUCCUGGCUGAUUGGGAAGUGGAAGGGAGAAGGUUGUGGCAUUUAUCCUACGAUAAGUCCAUUUACGUACCUUGAAGAGGUGACUUUUGACCAUUUUGGGAAACCAAUCCUCACCUAUGAUGCAAAGAGCUUUAGCACUACUGACCAAACUCCCAUGCAUUAUGAGAGUGGCUUCCUGAGGAUAAAGCCUGGUACUACAACAUUAGCUUUUAUGGUAGCACAAAAUGCAGGAAUCAGUGAAGUUGAGGAAGGUGAGGUGAAGGACAAAGAGAUUCAUUUAUUGUCACAUACUAUUGGAAGGAUGACAUUUGGAGCAGACCCUAAAGUGACCAAGGUGGAAAGGAUCUAUCGCCUAACUACAGACCAGGACACCAUGGAAUACAUUAUGCACAUGGAAACAGACCGUACACCUCACGCACAACACCUACACAUCACUUACAAGAGAGUGAAAGACAACUAGAAUACUAACAAGGUAGCAACGACAACCUGGCUAAAGUAUCAGGAAGAUAAAUGGGAAAGUAUAGAAUCAAUGGAAUGAAGGAGAAAAAGCAGUUUCACAUGAAUGCAAUAGAAAAGAUAAUAUUUUGUAGACAUAAUGUAUAUUGACCUGCAAUAGGUCUUAUCUAAGAUAGUGAGCAUCCCAAUAUUGUGGUCUAGUUACAGUAACAUCUUUCAUUUAUCAUGCCUUAAAUGGUGUAAACCACAGCUAGUAAACCAACAACUUGUAGUUUAUUUAUCAAUGUGGCUCAUGUGAUGUGAGUUAUGUUGGUUAUACAGCCCGUUAUCUGCACAAGAGUAUUGAAGAACGCCGUUAUUCAGCUACUGGAAAGCAUCAUCUAGGAGAACACAGUCUCACAACAGCACCACCCAGGCAGAACUUUACCAUCUUAAAAAAGUGCAAAACUUAAUUUGACUGCCUGAUUUACGAAAUGCUCAUCAUAAGGGAGGAGUCACACUAAAUCAGACUCAAUCAAAGCAAAACUCUUUUGUUGAUAAUCCUUUUCUAUAUAAUCACUGUAGCAUUAUUGACCUUAAAAUGCUUCUGACUUGAAUAUUGAUUUACUUGAUAAUGACAUCAGAUGAUGUCGAAACAUCGUAAUUUAGUAGCGUUUUUUAUUCAUUUUAAAUCUAUUAUUAAAAGCUAAACUUAUCAUUAAAUGGUGUUGUUUGUAGUAACCCAAGCUAUACCAGAACGCAUCAUAUUUUUGAAACUCAGAAAAGGUCUAUGUAGUGAUGGCUGUGCUGUGACAUAUUGGUUUGAAGUAAAGCUAAGAUUUAUUAGAA